AUGACUAGAGCUACUAUCAAGUCGGGGACUGUUAACAUUCUAAACACCAUUAUCGGUGCAGGGAUCUUGGCGAUGCCGUAUGGUCUUCGUCAAAAUGGUUUACUACUUGGUUGUAUCCUUAUUAUUUGGUCAGCAUGCACUUCAGCUUUCGGACUGUAUCUACAGAAUAAAGUAGCAAGAUACACUGGACAAAGAGGCUCGGUUUCGUUUUUCAGUUUGGCUCAGAUCACAUAUCCCAAUCUAUCAAUCAUUUUUGAUACUGCAAUUUCAAUCAAAUGCUUUGGUGUUGCCGUUUCGUAUUUGGUGGUGGUUGGAGACGUUAUGCCCAAGAUAAUGGAGAGUUUGAGGGUUGAUGAAAGUUCAAUAUUCAUGGAUAGAAAAUUAUGGAUCACAAUAAUCAUGGCACUCGUGGUUGCACCUUUAUCCUUUUUGAAAAAUUUGAGCAGUCUCAAAUACACUAGUGUAUUGGCACUCUUUUCCAUUGCAUAUUUGAUUUGCUUGGUUAUUGGUAACUAUCUUGUUGAAGUCAAGGAAACACAUAGCUUUAUUCCUCCAAAACAGAUUGAUUGGAUUGGACCUGUGAAUAUUUCAGACACUUUAAGUUCAUUACCUUUAUUUGUUUUCAGUUUUACUUUCCAACAACUUUUUUUUGCCCUUUUAAAUGAACUCCAGCCAGAUGCAAAAGACGGAAGCCUGACAAGACAAUCGAAUUUCAUAAUUUGGAAUGCUCUCAUAACAGCACUGUUUUGUUACCUUAUAGUUGCCAUUUUCGGAUACUUUACGUUUGGAAGAGAUGUUGAGGCUGAUAUAAUCACCAUGUACUCGCCGUCAUCAAUUUAUACCUUGAUUGGAAACAUUUCAAUUGUUAUAAUGUCAGCAUUAUCGUUCCCCUUGCAGUGUCAUCCCUGUAGAGGCUCAGUUAACCAUGUCAUUUAUUUCAUUAAAAAUGGGGUCAAGUCGGCAAAGUUGAGAAAGAAAUUGAGACAAGAACGCACCAAUUAUGGUAGUUUAGACAAUGGGUAUGCCACAAGCUCAGAUGUCGAGAGUAUUGCUUCAGCUGAUACCAACAACAAUCUUUCAUCAUCUAUUAUUUCUACGACUCCAAUGGAAGGCGCUCAUGAUACAUUGGGCCAUGCCCCAAUUGUAGUUCCAAUGACAACACGUAGGUUUUAUAUGAUCACGACGGCGAUUGUCCUAUUGGGCUAUAUAGUGGCAUUAUCUGUUACUUCGCUAGCCAGGGUACUUGCAUUUGUUGGAAGUACCGGUUCGACAUCUAUUGCAUUCAUCUUACCAGGGCUGUUUGCAUAUAUGUUAAUGAAACCACUAGAACCACGUACAAAGAUGAACAAUUUAGAGAAAUUCUGCAAAUACGGUGGAUUGGCAUUGGCCAUUUGGGGAUUUAUUGUCAUGGUUACAUGUUUAAGCGCCAUUUUUCUUUUAGAAGUAGAACAUAAAUAG